CCUCCCAGGAGUCGUGGCUUGGGCGUGCUCCCAGUCGCAUUCCAGGCUCUGCAGCCCCUCCUCUCUCGGCCUCCACCACGGGACUGGCGCCUCUCGGCGUCGCCCGGACAGUCUCGUGCAGGCAGCUGAGGACGCUGGUGGCCGUGGGAGCUGCAAGGGACUCUGCGCAUUGCAGGGACUCAGUAUCAGCCAGGGAGCAGCGACCUGCCUUCCCCAGCAGCCAGGUUGUGCUGGGCAAGAUGGGGCCGGGAUCUCCGCGCGCGCUCAUUCUUCUCCUGCUGCUUCUCGCCCGCCCUGGAGCGCGGGCUUCCCAGAGUUGUCUCAAUAGACAACAGCUCCUAACAACCAUCCGUCAGUUGCAGCAGCUGUUGAAGGGCCAGGAGACCCGCUUCGCUGAAGGCAUCCGAAACAUGAAGAGCCGACUGGCUGUGCUGCAAAACACCGUUAGCAAAGUGGCCCCAGAUGCACCUCCAGUUUCCUGCCCAGCUCUGGACGCCCCUACAGAUGGCAGGAAGUUUGGAAGCAAGUACUUAGUGGACCAUGAAGUCCAUUUUACCUGCAACCCAGGGUUCCAACUGGUUGGUCCCAGCAGUGUGGUGUGUCUUGCGAAUGGCACCUGGACUGGAGAAAAGCCCUGCUGCAGAGACAUCAGUGAGUGUUCCAGCCAGCCUUGUCACAAUGGGGGAACAUGUGUGGAAGGAGUCAACCAGUACAGAUGCAUCUGUCCUCCAGGAAAAACUGGGAACCGUUGUGAGAAUCAGACCCAAACUGCGGCCCCCGAGGUCAACGUGGCCGGCGACCCUGCCUUCAGCCGCGCGCCGCGAUGCGUGCAGAUGGAGCGGGAGCAGCUUUGCAGCUGCGAGGCGGGAUUCCACUUGAGCAGCACAGACGGCGGCGGCGACAGCAUCUGUCAGGACGUGAAUGAGUGUAAGAUCUACGGGCAGGAAGGACGCCCCCGGCUCUGCAUGCAUGCCUGCGUGAAUACCCCUGGCUCCUACCGCUGUACCUGCCCCAGUGGAUACCGGAUCAUGGCUGAUGGGAAGAGCUGUGAGGAUGUGGAUGAGUGUGCUGGCCCACAGAACAUGUGCCCCCAGGGGACUACAUGUAUCAACACUGGAGGAGGUUUCCAGUGCGUCAAUCCUGAGUGCCCCGAGGGCAGCAGCAAUGUCAGCUACGUGAAGACAUCUCCCUUCCAGUGCGAGCGAAACCCCUGUCCCAUGGAUAGCAGGCCAUGUCGCCACCUGCCCAAGACCAUCACCUUCCAUUACCUCUCUCUGCCUUCCAACCUGAAGACGCCCAUCACGCUCUUCCGCAUGGCCACAGCCUCAGUUCCUGGUCACCCUGGGCCCAACAGCCUGCGCUUUGGGAUUGUGGGUGGGAACAGCAGUGGCCACUUCGUGAUGCAGCGCUCAGACCGCCAGACAGGGGAGCUCAUCCUGACACAGACCCUGGAGGGACCCCGGACUCUGGAGGUAGACGUUGACAUGUCCGAAUACCUGGAACGCUCCUUCCAGGCCAACCACUUGUCCAAGAUCACCAUCUUUGUGUCUGGCUAUGCCUUCUAAGGAUGCCAUGGCAGUCAGGAGACUGAGGUUUGGAAUCUGGACUGAUUUCUCCUCCCCAAGGACACAACUGAAGGCAAGAGCUGUGAUGGUCAUUUUUCCUGUCAUGUCCCCACCCACUUUGCCUGUUCACCUAGGCUUCUAGAACAAUGUGCUGUGUUCUGUCCCAUGGGCUGGCACAGAAGGGAAGCCAGAAUACAAAUGCUGUACCACCAUCA